CGCAUGCGCAGCAAGAUCUAUAUCCUGGUACGACCUUCUCAUAUAAAAAGGCAGGCUUACGAGACCGCGUUUGUAAGAGAACAGGACCCCAAUGAUUCCCAUAUGUCCAGUAGUCUCCUUCACCUAUGUGCCCAGCCGGCUAGGUGAAGAUGCCAAAAUGGCCACCGGCAACUAUUUUGGAUUUACCCAUGGUGCUGCGGCGCAGUACAGUCAACAGCCGGCCCCUGGGGUAGCAUACACCCACCCCACUACAGUGGCCAGCUAUACUGUGCACCAAGCACCUGUGGCAGCGCACACGGUGGCGGCAGCCUACGCCCCUACAGCUGCCACGGUUGCCGUAGCCAGGCCAGCACCAGUCGCUGUAGCAGCCGCGGCUACUGCUGCCGCUUAUGGAGGAUACCAACCUACCCAUGCUGCCACCGAUUAUGGGUAUGCCCAGAGACAGCCUGAGGUACCCCCACCACCACCUCCAGUCACUUCACAAAACUACCAGGACUCGUAUUCGUAUGUACGGUCCACAGCACCAGCUGUAGCAUAUGACAGCAAGCAAUAUUACCAACAGUCUGCAGCUACACCAGCCGUAGCGGCGGCUGCUGCAGCUGCGGCGGCAGCGCAGCCACAACCCACUGUGGCUGAAUCCUACUAUCAGACAGCACCUAAAACUGGAUACAGUCAAGGCGCCACUCCUUACACCCAGACCCAGCAAACGCAGCGUCAGGUUACAGCCAUAAAGCCAGCCACCCCCAGCCCCGCCACCUCAACCUUCUCCAUUUACCCAGUGUCCUCUGCUGUACAGCCCGUCGCAGGGGCUGCAUCUGUAGUCCCAUCCUACUCGCAGAGUCCCACCUACAGCACCAAUGCAGUCACAUACUCUGGAACAUCAUACUCUGGAUAUGAAGCUGCUGUGUAUUCAGCCGCCUCUUCCUACUAUCAGCAGCAGCAACAGCAACAAAAACAGGCAGCUGUUGCUGCAGCCACUGCUGCGUGGACCGGCAGCACUUUCACCAAGAAGACCCCCUUCCAGAACAAAACGCUCAAACCCAAACAGCCCCCAAAACCACCGCAGAUACACUACUGCGACGUCUGCAAGAUCAGUUGUGCCGGACCCCAGACCUAUAAGGAACACUUGGAGGGCCAAAAGCACAAGAAGAAAGAAGCUGCUUUAAAGGUGUCCCAAACCAGCAGUAGCAGCAGCAGUAGCAGCUCUGGAGCUGGAAACUCUGCCCGUGGCAUCCAAAAUCAGCUACGCUGUGAGCUCUGUGACGUCUCCUGUACUGGAGCUGAUGCCUACGCCGCGCAUAUCAGGGGAGCCAAACACCAGAAGGUUGUGAAAUUGCACACCAAACUAGGAAAGCCGAUCCCAUCCAGCGAGCCGAGUGUCGUUAGCCAAGCCUCCAGCUCCAGCACUGCAGGUCCCAGUAAGACCGUCAGCUCCACCAUCAACAGUUCCACAAGCAACUCAAUGUCCAACUUUUCUUCCGUUUCCAAUGCGUCAUACCUAAAAUCUGUUGGCAUGAGUAACAGCACAGCAGCUUCAGCCGCACAGGGCAAGAACUUGGCAUCCAGCAGCCUUACAGUCAACAGCUCAGUCAAGAAGGUCAACACCCCCAAGAUCAACUUUGUUGGGGGGAACAAGUUACAGACCACUGCUGCUAAAAAUGAGGAGUCAAAGGUGGAGGCAGCCAAAUCAGCCCAGUCCGUGCCUGCAUCAUCACUGGAUGCGAAGAAUGACACUUCUGACUGUAUGUCGCCUCAGUCAACGCUCGCAGCCCUGCAGAGUGACGUUCAGCCUGUCGGACAUGACUAUGUUGAAGAGGUAAGGAAUGAUGAAGGAAAAGUUAUCCGCUUCCACUGCAAGCUGUGUGAAUGCAGUUUCAAUGAUCCGAACGCAAAGGAAAUGCAUUUAAAGGGAAGGAGACAUCGACUGCAAUAUAAGAAAAAGGUGAACCCAGAUCUACAGGUGGAGGUCAAGCCUAGCAUCAGAGCUAGGAAGAUCCAAGAAGAAAAGAUGAGAAAGCAAAUGCAGAAGGAAGAAUACUGGAGAAGACGUGAAGAAGAGGAGCGUUGGAGGAUGGAAAUGAGGCGCUAUGAAGAAGACAUGUACUGGCGGCGAAUGGAGGAAGAGCAGCACCACUGGGAGGACAGACGACGAAUGCCUGACGGAGGUUAUCCGCAGGGUCCGCCUGGACCUCCAGGCCUCCUGGGAGUAAGGCCUGGCAUGCCCAUUCCUCAGCCACAAGGACCAAUGCCUCCACGUCGUCCUGAUUCCUCAGACGAUCGUUACGUGAUGACCAAACAUGCAGCUAUUUACCCCUCUGAAGAUGAGCUUCAGGCCAUCCAGAAGAUCGUCUCAAUCACAGAGAGAGCACUUAAGCUAGUCUCUGACAUAAUCAGUGACCAAGAUGCAAGCGCAAAGGGCAAAGAAGAGGACAAAGAGAAGAAAGAUCCUCCCAAAGACAGAUUGCUGAAAGGCGUUAUGAGAGUAGGUGUUCUUGCCAAGGGCUUGCUUCUGCGAGGAGACAAAAAUGUCAACCUGGUCCUCCUGUGUUCUGAGAAGCCAACAACGAAUCUGCUCACUCGAAUUGUGGACCAUCUCCCCAAACAGCUCACGGUGGUAACACCAGAGAAAUAUGAGGUUAAAGGUUCCACCCAAGAAGCUGCUAUUAUCCUCACCUCCUGCGGUGAGCCCAAGAUGCAGGUGACCAUCACUCUUACCUCGCCCGUCAUCCGAGAGGAGAGCGUCCGGGAUGGAGAUGUAACCUCGAGUAUGGUGACAGACCCAGCGGACGUCUUGGACAGGCAAAAAUGCCUUGACGCUCUGGCUGCCCUACGCCACGCUAAGUGGUUCCAGGCUAGAGCUAAUGGACUCCAGUCAUGUGUGAUUGUCAUUCGAAUACUGCGUGACCUUUGUCAGCGAGUUCCUACCUGGUCUGCCUUCCCAAGCUGGGCUAUGGAGCUGUUGGUGGAGAAGGCCAUUAGCAGUGCUCCUGGACCAAUGAGCCCUGGAGAUGCUCUUCGAAGAGUCUUUGAAUGCAUUUCAUCCGGCAUUCUUCUGUCUGGUGCUCCAGGACUGAUAGAUCCCUGUGAGAAGAAUCCAACAGACACAUUGGGUGCAAUGGAGGAGCAGCAGAGAGAGGAUAUUACUUUAAGCGCUCAGUUUGCUCUGAGACUGCUGGCGUUCCGUCAGAUUCACAAGGUUCUGGGUAUGGACCCAUUGCCCCAGAUGAACUCGCGCUUCAACGUACGAAAUAACCGCAAGAGACGCCGCGACAACAGCGAGAGUAAUGAUGGAUUCGAAGCUGAAGGGAAGAAGGACAAGAAAGAUUAUGAAGGCUUCUAAAGCGCACAGCAGUAUGACAAGUCCUCUUUCGCUCUGUACCCAUUUCAAAUCCUGUGCAUUCCAGGAAUACAAAUUGUUUAUUCUGUUGACUUCUGUGCAUGUCGGUUACUUCUCCCUGGAAAAUUUUUAACCGUUAAACCCCCUUAUAAUGGCUGCUUAGAAUAUGCUAGGUUUCAUUUGACUUAACACUGUAAAAUCACAUAGUCCACCUCAUUUUUUUUCUUUCUUUGCUUAUUUAGCCUAAAAUAAUUUAAGGUUGGCCACGAAUCUGAGAUGUUGAGCUUGUUGGAUGUACUAAUUAAUUAUCUCAAAGUGAAAUUUUAGCUGAAUGUAGGCUGGGCAUUUCUAUAAGCAAGUCAACAGCGUGAACAGAUGACUAAUAUUAGUGUGCAACAGAUUCUUUCUUUAAGGUCUCUUACCCUGUUUAGUGAGAAAUCUAAAGUUAUGUUAACAGUUAUCUUGCUAUUAAAUCAUACAGUUGUUUUCAUUAUUUAUUUUGGCUAAUAACAUUCCUUUUAAACCAUAAAAUACAAGGUAAAAAAAUGAGAGAUUUACGCAUUAGUUGCAUUGUGUUGUAGGCUGACUGGGUGUGGAUUUAUAAAUGUAUAUAAUAGUGCAAUUUGAGGGCUGGGUUUGCUGUUAUCCAUUUGUAAAUCACAUCAUUGACUAAUUAACAACCUUGAAACACGUCUAAACGUCUACUUUGUUUCUUCAAUAUGCUUAAUGCAAGUGAUGUAAAGCUAAAAUUGUCCCAUAUUUAGGCUGUAAGUGUGCUGUUGAUAUUCACAGGCCUCUGUGGUGUAGCUGUAUCAUUUCGGAUAACACACUGGUUGUUAAAAUCAAACCUGGGCCGAAUACCAAAUAUCUACCCAUUGACACACGUUAAUGUUGAGUUAGGGCUUAAUCUUAAGUUACUUGCUCCUUUCAGAUCUGUUUGGAUGUAUGCAAAUAGUGAACACUGGAGUACUUCAAAGGUCAAAGACAUUUUGCUUUUGGUUUUUCAUUUUGAAAUUGACCCAGGUCUGGUUCUUUGUGUUCGUGUCAUAACUGUGUAAUCCCUGUACCUCUAAAUGUACAUAUGAUCAUAACUAUGGUCUAUAUAAUAUAUAUAUAAUCAUGAAUAAGCCUGUGUCUAAUCUCGCAAUAGAUCUUUAAAAAAACAAAUGCCUGUAUGGUUUUAAAGCACAGGAAUGUUGAUUUUUAUGAAUUUUGUUUUAAUGGUUAUUAGUUGCUUGCCCCUAAUUUUGCUUUAUGGCGUUUGAUAAAUUGUAUUGAAGAAGAUGGGAGGAAAAUACGUUUGGUUUCUGUGUUGUAACUGCAAAUUUAUGUAGACCCAUUGAUGCUUGUCAUUCACUGUCAAGGUACUACUGCAUUACAAUGCUUAUAAUAAAUACAUUUCUUGAA